GCUCGAUCAGUGCGAUGGAGUAGUUGGCCUGUGAGCCUGCUGUGACGGUGAGAUGCGAAAGAAUCAUUAAUACUAUAUUUAUUACACAUGCACACUAUAAAAACUGAUACAACCAUUGCUGAUCUUCUGUGUCUCUGCCUGCCUGACUCUCGCCGGAAAUGGAGCCGGAGAAGGAGAAGAAGAAGAUGAUGGGUUCAAGCUUACUGCAGACUGAUUCUCCGACAAUGGUCUCUGGCAAUAACUCCUACAACUACGCACACAACUCCUCUGCCCAGAGGAAAAUGAUGGAUUCGGUGAGGCCGAGAACAGAGGAGCUGAUUGCAGAGAAACUGGACUUGGAACGAUUAUUGGCCGCCGGCGGCGGCAACACGUUUCGUGUCGCGGAUCUAGGAUGCUCGAUUGGACCCAACACGUUCCACAACGUCGAGCACAUUGUCCAGCAAGUCAGGCAAAAGUACAACCACAUGAUGAUGACCUCCGCCGCUGCGGCGUCGCCGUCGUCGGCCCCGGAGUUCCAAGUCUUCUUCAACGACCAGGUCAACAACGACUUCAACGCACUCUUUCGCUCCCUCCCUCCGGAGCGAGACUACUUCGCUGCCGGAGUCCCCGGGUCGUUCCAUACCAGGGUGUUCCCCAACUCGUCUCUUCAUUUGGCUUACUCGGCCUCGUCGGCCCAUUGGCUGUCGAGGGUGCCGCCGGAGGUAGUGGACAGAGGAUCCCCUGCUUGGAACAGGGGAAUGAUUCACUACGGUUCCGCUCCGAAGCCGGUGGAGGAUGCUUACAGGGCCCAGUUCAGGAAGGACAUGGGAGGGUUCUUGAGAGCUAGAAGUGAGGAGCUCGUGAGCGGAGGGAUGCUUGUGCUUGUCUUUCCCGGGUUACCCGACGGGAUGCUUCACUCUGAAACCCAAGCCGGCUCUGUAAUCUACUGCGUCAAUCUCAGCAUCUUGGAUUUGGUUCGUCAGGGAGUACUGGAGGAAGACCAACUGGACAAUUUCAACUUACCGAUCUACUUCCCGCACCCAUGGGAGAUGAGGGAGCUGGUGGAGGAGAACCAGUGCUUCUCGUGCAUCGAGUUGGAGGUGGUCAGCCCGGAAUCGACAUGGCUUCAGCAGGGUGGCGUUGGUCUGAGAGGGUGGGCGGUCGCGAUGAGGGCAGGCAUGGAGGAACUGUUCGCCAGACACUUUGGAGGGGAAGAGAUCCUCGACAGGAUAUUUGAUGGGGCGAGUCAGAAGAUCGCGGAGCGUGCUGAAGUUAUUAUGAACACCAAAUGCAAAGAACUACCUCUCUUGUAUGUUGCUCUCCAGCGCAAGUGACAAUGUUUGGACUCAUUUGAGAGAGAUUUUUAUGCAAUUGAGAUUACAUGGGCAGUUAAGUUCGCAUUCAAAUACAUCGAAAGUGUAA